AUGGUGAGCGGCAGGGAGAACCAGUCUGGCUGGACAGAGACAUCGCCCUUACUGGCGGAUCAGGCGACCAAUGAACGGGGCCACGAGAUGCAUUUGCGAGAUGCUGUUGUUGAUCAUCAACAGGAGAAUGCUUCAAAGCGUGACUUGAUUUCUAUUCCCGGGAUCAGUCUAGGGCAGGUAUACGACUCAUCCGACGCAUGA